AUGAAAGAUUACAUUGUAGUUUUAGAAUAUCACACGAAUGAGAAAUCUAAAGUGACUAGCAAGCAAUUUCAGAAGAUGAACAGCUUUGGCAUUGAUAAAUACGACCUGCAGUUGCAUCAUAGGUAUCCGAAUUUAACGAAUUGGAAUACACAACAAAAAAGCCAAAGACAUGAAAAAGAAUCUCAGUGGAGCUAUGGAGAUCCUAAAAAAACGAAAAGAGCUGUUAAUCGAUUCGUACAAACGACGAGUCUGCACGGAGUUCAAUAUGUAUGUUCCAAAUGGAAAACAACGUGGAUCCUAAAAUUACUCUUUAGGAUUAUCUUUGCCUUUUGCUUUGUGUUGCUGAUUGCCACUGAAGUCGGAUUGCUUCAAGAUGCUUUUAGUAAAGAAUCCACUUACAUAAACAGCAUCAAUAAAGACUCGAAACUAGGUAAGGAAGAAGAUCCUGGGUAUUUUCCCGAUUAUCCCGCUAUCACAGUUUGCCGCAGACCACCUUACAGAACAGAUUUCAACCAAAGCUAUAUGGAAUUAGUGGAAUACAUUUUUCUGUCUCUUGGUUUUCCCAUGGUGAGUUUCACCCCCCACGAGCUCAGCAUGGUCGUUCAGAUGGCCAUGCAUUCCAAUGAUACAUUUACACUGGACAAUGAAACACUGGCUUUCCAUGACAAACUCAUAAAGCUUGAAAAGCGGCUGCAAGCUCUGGAAUCCCAAGGAAACUUCAAUUUGACACAAUUUGUCUUUGAACAUAGUAUAGGAUGCAAAGAAUUUUUCUCCAGGUGUAUCGCCUUGGUAUUUCCAAUGAAUUGCUGUGCAAUCUUCCAACCAGUUUUGACCAGCAACGGCUUGUGCUAUACUAUGACAGACAACCACGAACUCGUCCAUAUAAGUAAAGAUUUACCUAUUGAGAGGCCUUUUAUAAUUGACCUUAUUUCUCCAUCUCAUCCAGAAAAGGGCGUAGAACAAGGAUUCAAUGUAUUUUUAACUGAUCCCAAAGAUCUUCCAAAAGUGUUUACUGAGGAUGAAGGACAGAAGAUAGUGCCUGGAUUUGUUACAACCAUUUCAACACAUCUUGUCAAAAGACAACGCACAGCUUUGCACACCGCUUGGCAUGGAGGAUCGACAAAUUGCCCUACUUUGUUUGGCAAUGAACGUUUUUCACAUAAGGAAUGUUUCUCUUUCAUGACUUUCCAAGACCAGAAAGAUAUCUGCAAAUGCACGCCACUGUUGCAGGCUGAUUCUAAAUCUAAAAGAAUCUGUGGACCUUAUGAUCAAUACGGCUGCAUUUUCAAAGCAAGUACUAAAAGUAACCUAACCGACGUUGGGAAGAAGUGUCAUGAACCGUGCAUAUUCUACAGAUUCCAAAGCAAAGUUUCCUGCAUGAGUUUAGGUGGUCAGAACAUAAGCCGAGUGGAAAUACUGUACAAUGCCAAGCAGUAUGUGUACAGAGAGUAUCGUAAAACAACAUUUUCCAGUCUGUUCAGUCAGAUUGGAGGUGCUCUUGGCCUUUACUUGGGUGCCAGUAUCAUCACUGUAGUAGAAAUAAUCACCUUUAUCUCUUCAUGGUUUUGGUUCAAGUUCUGCCCUACUAGAAUUGAUAAUAAAGAAAAACUGCAUGUCAAAAAAGCAUCUAUAUAA